GGCGCCUUCGCCGCCGCCGCCGCCGCCGCCGCUCCUGCCUCCAGCGCCGGGAAGGAGAAGGCAGCCAGCGAGGAGCGGGCCAGGCGGGCAGCCGCGGGGCGAGCGGGCCAGGCGGAGCGCUGGCGAGCCGGGCGCGGCGAGGACGCGGGGCAACCACGGUAGCCCCAGUUUUCAAGGAGAAGGACCCAGAAGACGCAGAGCGUGGAGAAGCUGAGAAGAAUUGGAUGCGCCUCUUCACCCAGGCCCUGCGAUUGAAGACAUCCAAGCGAUGGCUCCCCCUGUGCCCACAGCCUGCUGUGUGGUGUUCGCCGCCAUGGUGGUAGUCUACGGUCAGAAGCACAGCCAGCAAGAAUCCCACGUUUAUUACGCGCAGUUGGGGACCGACGUGACGAUACCGUGUGGAUCAGUAGACCAGGGGAAGCCCGUCACCUGGACGGCUAACAGCACGGAUCUGGACGCUUCCCACCUAAGUGGCUCCUAUCUUGUCAUUCGGAACGUGGAUCUCUCCCACAGCGGACAGUACGCCUGCUACGAGGGGCCUUCGUGGUACCUCAGAGAUCGGGUCACUCUCAAAGUUGGAACGCCCCCCCGGGAGCCCAGCCUGAUGUGCCGGUCCAACAACUACCCCAUCGGCUUCUACUGCAGCUGGCACCUGCCCAGCCCCACCUACAUCCCCGACACCUUCAACGUCACCGUCAUACACGACUCCCAGGAGAUCGCCUGUGAGAAGGACACGGGGCCCAAGAACCGGUGCUACAUCCGCUACCCCCACCUCUUCUCCACCAAGAAGUACAAGGUCACCCUGACCGUCAGCAACGCCCUGGGGAGCAGCUCCACUGCCACCUCCUUCGACGAGUUUGCAAUAGUAAAACCAGACCCCCCCGAAAAUGUGAUUGCGAAACCCAUCUCCAACAACGCCCGGAGGUUGCUGGUGACCUGGCAGUACCCUUCCUCCUGGCCGGACCCGGACUCCUUCCCCCUCAAGUUCUUCCUGAGAUACCGACCGCUCAUCAUCGACCAGUGGCAGCACGUGGAGCUAUCCGAUGGGACCUCCCACAUCAUCACUGACGCCUACGCAGGGAAAGAGUACAUCAUCCAGGUGGCUGCCAAGGACAACGAGAUCGGCACCUGGAGCGACUGGAGCGUGGCCGUCCAUGCCACACCCUGGACUGAGGAGCCGAAGCAUCUCACCACCGAAGCCCAGGGAGCAGAGACCACCAGCAGCAGCACCUCCACAUUCGAGGUACCCCCCACCACCAGGAUCUAUGACUCAGAGGAACAAAGCAGAGAUGAAGCCGUGUCACCUUCUGUGGUCCCAGGUCUGGUCUUGGUGGCAUUUGCCCUUCUCUUAAUCUAGACGAGUCCUCGGAGAGCCAGGCAUCCCCGGAUCCCCCCCCUCUGCUCUCGCCCACCCACCACAACCUGCCCCGGACGGAGCCAAGGACCUCUUCGUAGCAGACGAUGGCCGGCCGGUGGGGACACGAGGAAGCCGCCCUCCGCAGCGCGCCAGGGAGGAGCCCCCCCACCCCCCCGGGCCUUGGGCUCGGAUCAUACAGCUAAGCCACCAAGCCAAAGAUGCUUCCUUCGGCCGCCAAGCAGGACCCUCCAGCGUGUGGAUGGGGCAGCUCUGACCGGGGGCCACACGGGGGCCACACGGGGGCCACACGGGGGCCACACGGAGCUGGGAGGUCUCCCCUCUUCUGAACUGUGAGCGGAUGAGCCUCGGCCGAGCAAAACAAGGAAGUUGUGGGUAGCCCCCCCCCCUCCCAAGACCCUCUCUGGGGACCCCAAGACUUCCAUGGUGGAGAGGGGGGGUCUUUUUCUGCCUGCACUGACACCAUCGUCACCGAAAGAUGGGGGCUGUUCCUGGACCAACCCCGACGUCCCCCCCCCCUCUUUGUAACGGAGUCCGUUCAGUUUAUACACGAAUUGGGGGUUUCUCUACUGCUCUUAUUACCAGGGGUGGGUGGGGGUUUGG